UUCCCAUGCUAUAUAAAUACAGAUGUGAACCAGCCACCUUCACACUGGUUUUUCAGACAGGACAGCAUCAGUUAAAACACACUGAUUAGGACUAAAACCUAGAACACCAUGAAGGUUCUUGUGGUGCUUGCACUUGCUGUAUUUACAGGUUGCCAGGCCAACCUAUUCUACGCUGAUGAGCCCAAGCCACAGCUGGAGCAGCUGACUGAUGCAUUCUGGAGCUAUGUUUCCAAGGCAACACAAACCGCAGAGGAAACCGUCAAGAUGAUCAGGUCUUCCCAACUGGGACAGGAAGUCAAUGCUAGACUGACCCAGAGUGCCGACAUGGCCAGCGAAUAUGCCGUCACCCUCAAGAAACAGAUGGAUCCUCUGGCUGAAGAGCUGAUGACCAAAAUCACCAAGGAAGCUGAAGUGUUGAGGGAGCGUUUGGGCCAGGACCUGAUCACUGUGAGAGACCAGCUGGAGCCCUAUGCUGACAACCUCAAGAGCCAGAUCCAGCAGAGAGUGGAGGAGCUCAGGACGGCCAUGGCUCCAUAUGCAGAUUCCCUGGAUUCUGAGACCCUGAAGGCCACUCUGCUCCAGAAGAGUGAGGAGCUGAGAGGAAACCUGGAGCAGAGCGUGAAGGAGCUGCAGGCUCAGCUGGAGCCCUACACUGCUGAAAUCAAGGAGAAGGUUGACCAGCGUCUGCAGGAGUUCCAGAAGACCGUGAGCCCUCUGGCUGAGGAUCUUCAGACCCAGAUUAGAGAGAGAGCCCAGAUGGUCCAGCAGAGUCUCACACCCUACGCUGAAGACCUGAAGGAAAAGCUGGACCCCUACGCACAGGACCUGAAGGACCAGCUCACCUCCCUGUACGAAUCCUUCAUCAAGAGAAAUUAGAUGCUUCAAAGACUUCUUCCUACACCAUAACCAUUCAUCUAUACAGAUUCAGAAAUUUUGCUCUCUUUCUGUUGUGUAUUUAUUUCAGUUUAUUACCUCUGACAGAAAAUGUGUUGUUUCUUGGAAAUUUAUAAAUGCCAAGUGAAUCAUUUGUCUUAUUUAUCAACAAUAAAACACCUGCCAUUUAUUAA